GUUCUCCCACUGUCAGCACUGCAAUAAUGGUCAGCACAAGAAGCAAUGGCUCCCGUAGUGUUCGGGCACCCGCAACCACAACUACAAGCACAUCUGUGUCCCCCCUGCUCAGUAGCGAAAAUUCUGUGGUACCCGAAACCCCUGACACGUCCGACAUCGAUCAGGACCCAGUAGUCAUGAAAGUCGCGACGAGGUCACUUGGAACGAGCCUUAUGAAAACACGGAAGCGCCCUGCAGAAAAUGCAGAGGAAGGCGAAGACUUUGCGGCAAGUUGGGUGCCGACUAAACGGAGAGUCAUUCAAAAGACUGUAUUUGUUGAAAUACCCAUUAAACAUUCCACCUCAAAUUCAAAGCAACAAGCAGCAACACCUGUCAAAGGCAAAGGGCGAGUUUUCGUUCCUUCGAACACCAACGAUGAGGAUGCCAAGCUUCUCUCAGAGGAUGAAGACCUCGAGGAGCCUGAAUCCAGUGACUCUGAGUUUAAACAGUCGGAUGACGAUGUCUCUAUCGCCUCCAAGAACUGGGAACAUCUCUCUGACGUCGUCUCGGGUCCCGAGGGACACGAUUCAGAGGGUGACGAAGACUUGAUGGUUGCUGCCGCCCUCGAGUUGUCUCGUGAAACAGCGCGGCUUGCUGCUCAAGAAUACUCGGGAGUCGGCUCGUCGUCCAGAGCCAUUGUGUCACCAAGCCUCAAUAUUACCAAGAAGGCCGCUGCCGUUGAACGUCGCCUUACAAUGUCCGAUAGCAAGUCCAAGGGAAAAGGUCGUUCUGCAGGCAGUGAUGAUGGCGAUUUCAUUCUCGCAGACAGCGAGUCAGAGCUAUCGGGUUUGAGCUCAAGCGAAGAGGAAGUGCAAGUCUCCAAGGGCAAGGGCAAAGCGACCAAGAAGGGUAAAGACAAGGCGAAAUAUAUCGUCACUGAACCCAUGACUUGGGUAGAGCGGGCUCAGCGGCGCCGUCAACAAGCAGCUGAAAGGAGGGCCAACAGGUCGGAAGAAUUAGCAUUGAUGCAAGAGCUCGGCCGAAGGUUAACUUGGGCUGAGAAAUCUUCUUUGGCACUAAGAAAACAUCACCCUGAGCUCAAGCACGUUUGGGGUGACCUUGAGUCUAGCAUUCCUAUCGUCGUACCGAAGAGAGCUGAUCAACCUGCUGGUUUGAAGGUCACAUUACUUCCAUUCCAGCAGGAGUCACUUUUCUGGAUGCGUAAACAAGAGAAUGGGCCCUGGCAUGGCGGCAUGCUAGCCGAUGAGAUGGGCAUGGGUAAGACUAUUCAGAUGAUUUCUCUCUUUGUCUCAGACCUGAAGCGCCCAAACCUUGUCGUUGCACCAACUGUUGCUAUAAUGCAAUGGCGAAAUGAGAUCAACGCUCACACGGAGGGGAUGAAUGUCUUGGUAUGGCAUGGCGCUUCUCGUCUCAACAACCCCAAGGAAUUGCAGAAAUAUGAUGUCGUGCUUACUACUUACGCCGUGCUGGAAAGUUGCUUCAGAAAGCAGCAGAGCGGCUUUAAACGCAAGGGCCUUAUUGUGAAGGAACCUUCACCACUUCACCAGAUUAAGUGGAACCGGAUCAUUCUCGACGAAGCGCACAAUAUCAAGGAACGCCAAACCAAUACUGCCAAGGCAUCAUUUGAGCUUGAGAGCAAUUACAAAUGGUGCCUAUCCGGAACGCCCCUGCAGAAUCGCGUCGGAGAGCUUUACAGUCUAGUUCGUUUCCUCGGUGGUGAUCCGUUCUCAUAUUAUUUCUGUAAGAAAUGUGAUUGCAAAUCGCUUCAUUGGAGGUUUACGGAUAAAAAACAUUGUGAUGAGUGUGGUCACAGCCCGAUGCAACAUACCUGCUUCUGGAACAACGAGAUCUUGACCCCUAUUCAGAAACACGGCAUCGAGGGUCCAGGCAAGAUUUCUUUCAAGAAGCUACGUAUCCUUCUUGAUCGAAUGAUGCUCCGUAGAACAAAGAUUCAACGAGCUGAUGACUUGGACUUACCCCCUCGUAUGGUUAUCGUACGACGGGAUUACUUCAGUCCUGAAGAGAAAGAGCUCUAUCUUUCGCUCUUCUCAGACGCAAAGCGCCAGUUCAGCACAUACGUUGACUCUGGAACGGUUUUGAAUAACUAUUCCAAUAUCUUCAGUUUACUCACUCGCAUGAGGCAAAUGGUUUGCCACCCAGACCUUGUGCUCCGCAGCAAGACUAAUGGGAAUAAGUUCUUGGGCCCCGAGGAGGCUGGUGAAGCCACCAUUUGUAGACUCUGCAGUGAUAUUGCAGAGGAUGCUAUCCAAGCCAAAUGCCGCCAUAUCUUCGACCGCGAGUGCAUGAAACAGUAUCUAAGCACAGCCGGAGAUAUGACACCCGACUGUCCUGUAUGCCAUCUUGCUCUUACCAUCGACCUCGAGGCUCCGGCACUCGAACUUGAAGCGAAUGUACCUUCUGCUCGACAAGGAAUCCUGGGGCGACUCAAUCUCGAGACGUGGCGGUCUUCCUCCAAGAUCGAGGCACUCGUGGAGGAACUUUCUAAUCUUCGAUCGCAAGACCAUACGACUAAAAGUAUUGUGUUCAGUCAGUUUGUCAACUUUUUGGACUUGAUCGCCUUUAGGUUACAAAAGGCGGGGUUUUCGAUCUGUCGACUUGAGGGAACUAUGACCCCUCAAGCUCGCGAUGCGACCAUUCAGCACUUUAUGAACAAUGUCGGCGUUACUGUGUUUUUAGUCAGCUUGAAAGCUGGUGGGGUGGCAUUGAACUUGACCGAAGCAUCUCGAGUGUAUCUCAUGGAUAGUUGGUGGAAUCCUGCGGUUGAAUAUCAAGCCAUGGACCGCAUUCACCGUCUCGGACAGCAUCGUCCCGUUCAGGCCAUCAAACUCGUCGUCGAAGACAGCAUUGAAAGCCGUAUCAUCCAGUUGCAGGAGAAGAAAUCAGCGAUGGUGGAUGCCACGCUGUCCGCCGAUGAAUCCGCGAUGGGACGACUGACACCAGAUGAUCUGAGUUUCUUGUUUAGACUCUAGCUUAUAUCGUUUAUAUAAACUUACUGUAAAAUACACACCCUGCCUUUCCCCAGGUAGUAGAAUAUGCCGUCAUUUCUGAUUCUGAUUCUACACGGAAUACAUUAAUUACAUGAGGGCAAGUUUAGUUCUGUAGGUUGAAGACCAGGAUUGCAUUUGCACUGCCAUCGAAUUUUCGCCGG